AUGGAAACUGAGAGUGAUUCUGAAAAAGAGAUACAAGCCAAAAGCGAUUCCGAUAGCGAGACAGAAAAAGAAAGGCAAGCCAAAAAAGAAUUUCUUCACAAAGAAAUCGUUGAAAUGAACUAUAGUCCAGAAGAGUUUACCGAAUUUUGCCAGACCCGAAAAGGGACUGACAUUGAUCUCUGGCAUAUUUCAGAACUCGAAGUAUGUGUCAAAGAGUUCAAGCUUGCCCAUCAACCUAAUAUAAAUAGAAAAUCAAGUUGAGGUGAUGAAAAACCCUUUACGAUUGAACAACCUGUUCGAGAAUCCCCACAUUUAGAAUCCCCCAGAGCCAAACGGCAGUCCAUAAACAUAAUUCUUCCCAGAAAAUCAAUGCCAGAGCCCUGAAACCAAGAAAGCCCAGAAAACGCUCCAUACUCUCAUACAGCCAUAAAAGCCCAUGAUAAUCAAUUAUCACUAGAAGACUCAGUGUCUGUAAAAGUAGAAGAGUAAGGUAUAAAUAGAGCAAUAAAAAGGUCAGGAGGAAUGUUUUCCUUUACAAAAGUCUGUUUUCCGAUGACUACAACUCCGCUGAAUUGGCAUGUGGAAAGGACUAUUGAUGAUUUUAUAUGACUGAGAUCAGUACUCGCGGUAUCAUAUCCAGCUUGCUAUAUCCCGCCAAAUCCUCCAAAAUAUGUAAAAAGCCAUCUGCAGAGCGGAGAUUUAGAUGAAAAUCUAAAUAAACAAAGAGUGUUCCUACAAAAUUUUAUAUCAAGCGUAGUAAGAAACCAGCUAUUUCGACGAUCUAUACAUUUGCAGGGUUUUUUAAAAGAAGCGGACCCUAGUGAGUUUAAUCAGCUGAAAAAGCAGUCAAAUAAGCUGAAAAAGCCGAAUAAGAUUGAAGAGCAUUGAACUAUGGAAGGAUACGUCAUUUGUGACCCUUUUCUUGAAGAAAAAGAAUGCACAGUUUUAGAUGAAUAUUUGCAUUACACCGAAGCAAUGAAGAAAAAAAUUAAGCGGCAAACUGAUACGCUGAUUGAGGCUAUUAAAGAAGUCUCGCAGCUUAUUUUUGAUAUUUCUAAGAGCUUUGAAAUAUUAGAAAGUUUGCAAGAUUACUUUCCAGAAGUAAUACCUAUUUAGAUUCCUGCCUCAAAACUUCAUUAUAAUCUUUUAAAAAACAGUUUUUUACUAUGAUCAGAGCACGAAAUCGAGACCUCAAAAAUAAUCAAAGAUUAUUAUAAUAUUUAUUUCAAAUACGGAUACACAGAAAUUUCAUCAUUAAAAGAGUUCGUAAAAGAACGUGAAAAUAAAUUAGCAAUUUAUCAAAAAUCAUUAAAUGCAUUUGAUAAAAAAAAAGAAAAGCUAUGAAACACAAAAGACGUCUCAAAAUGGGGCUGCAACCCUGAAGAACAAUUAGACAUAAAUAAGCUCUUGCAGAAUAAACAAUUUGCCUUUACCAAAAUGCUACAUAAAGAAGGAAAAGAAAUAGAAAAGCUGAAAAAUGAGUUUUCUUAUUAUAAUUUUCAAGUAAAAGCUGAAACCAGAAGGGUUUUUUUAGAAAAUCAAGUCAUUGCGAAUGGCCAUUUUUCUGAGUCUGGGAAAGCGUUUGCAGAUCAUUCGAUGUCUAUGCAUAAAAGAUGGACUGAUUUUGUUGAGAGUCUAGAUAAAAUUAGGGUGGAAUGCAUUUCGUCUAGUUAA